AUGAACAUCUUUGUUAGGUGCUUCAAACCUAAGUUCUACAAGAGAAGCAAAUCUACAACCAGUUACAUGAAGAUUCGGCUCGAUAUAGUGAGGAAAAAAAGGAUUGCAUUGGUUAAGUUCUUGAAAAUGGACAUUGUGGAUUUUCUCAAUAAUGGCCUUGACUACAAUGCUUAUACAAGAACAGAAAUGUUACUUGAAGAGCUUAGAAUCAUAUCAUGUUAUGAUAUCAUUGAACGAUUCUGUGAUUGUAUAUCUGAAAAUCUCUCACCAAUGCUGAAGGAAAGGGAGUGUCCUGAAGAAUGCAAAGAAGCUGCUUCCUCUUUGAUAUACGCAGCUGCAUGGGUUCCUGAUGUUCCUGAACUUAAGGAUCUUAGAUCCGUGUUUACGCAUAGAUUUGGAAGUUUUAAUCAUUCAUCUGUAAAUCAUGAGCUCGUUGAGAAAACUGAAUUGCGUAGUAGACCAUCACGUGAACUCAAGAUUCAGACAGUAAAAGACAUUGCUAAUGAGUACUCGAUUGAUUGGGAUCCUACAGCUCUGAAUCUGUUUCUGCUUAGACAAACUUCAGCUUUGCAAAUUGAGGAUAAGGUCGAUACAACAACAAAUGAUCCGAAGACUAGGGCAGAGAUAAAUGGGGUAAAUGAUCAAAGCGAAGAUGAAUCGGUUCUUUCACAGAGCUGGACAAGAGAUUCACCGUCUAAAGGCAGUUUUAGUUCGAGUUCAAGUUCUAGUUCUCCAAGAAGAGACUCUGAAAAGAAAAAGAAGAAGAUUUAUCCUUAUGGAUUAAUCUCUCCUACACACACGAAACCAAGAGGGGGAACCGAUGAGACAGCACAAGAGGAGAAAGAAAAGAAUAAUAAGAGUGGCAAGCAAGAAAACUCGAGGUUACUUGAACACAAGGCAGUAUCAACAAGAAUGAACGAGAGAACGUCUUCGUUCUUCCAGACACCUAAGCUCUUACAUGAUGAAGUGGUGGCUCGGCUUGCAGCUAUUCACCGGAUAUAAAGGGUCUCUAUUCGUAAUCAAUAUAUUUGUAAUUAACUAAUUGCUAAUUAGAUUCAUUAAAUAUGUAAUUUUCCUUGUAAUCGGUUUGAAAAGUAGUCCACUAGUUGCAUCUCUUCACAGAAAUAGCUGAGAGUACUAGAACAUAUUGAUAUACAGAAGGAUUACUGCC